AUGCGUGCGGAUCCGCUACAGGUUCGUCCUGAGCCAAGUUUCAUCCACCAAAUGGCCCCACAGAUGCUCUGGCGAAACCAUCCAGCGACUGCGCUUUGCACGAGCUUUGUACAUAUGAGCGUCAAUAAAACAAGACAACCAGUAAUUUGUAUAAGUUGGACUCCCGAAGGAAGACGUAUUUUGACUGGUGCAUCGUCUGGCGAGUUCACGCUGUGGCAUGGAAUGACGUUCAACUUCGAGAGCUUGAUGCAGGCACAUGAAAACGAGAUCAGAGCACUGGCGUAUUCACAUUCAGGAGACUGGCUCUUGAGUGGUGACAGAGACGGCACAUUAAAAGUGUGGCAGCCCAACUUCAACAACGUUAACAUCGUGAGCGGAGCCCAUCGCGAGAGUCUUUCUGGUAUAUCCUGGAGCCCCACCGACGCCAAAUUUGUCACGGGAAGCGACGAUUCUACGGCAAAAGUAUGGUCUUUUGCGACAAUGGCCGAAGAAACGACGCUCACGGGCCACGGCUGGGACGUGAAAUGCGUCGACUGGCACCCGUCCCUUUCGCUGAUUGCUACUGGAUCUAAGGACAAUACAGUUAAACUGUGGGACCCACGGCAGGCUAAAAACCUAAGCACACUACAUGGAUUCAAAAACACACUCACUCGCACAAAAUUCCAGACCCUAGGCGGACAGUAUCUCUUGGCGUCGGCCAGCAGAGACAACACCGCUCGGAUAUUCGAUCUGAGGAUGAUGCAGCAUGUUCUUGUCUUGCGUGGCCACGAAGCUGAUGUUACCGCGUUGGCCUGGCACCCUGUGCACCCGGAACUGCUUUCCACAGCCACCAGAGACGGCACCAUCAAUCACUUCUUACUCGACAGCCAGCUGGCUGAAAACUCCUCUGGAUUGUUACCUGCCGCAUCUAUUCCCAAGGCACACGGCUGGCCCGUGUGGGAUUUAGCGUAUCACCCGGCUGGCCACCUGCUGUGUUCCGGGUCUAAUGACAAGAGCGUACGGUUCUGGGCCCGCGGGCGGCCCGGAGACCCCACGGCAUUCAAAACACGCUUCUACACCGACGCAGUGGAGGUCAGCGUACCGGAAAGGCGCAAAAAGGAGCACACCGCGAUCCCCGGGUUGAAUUUGGACACCGAACCAGCAAACGGACUGCCGGCAGAUAUUAGUUAG